CAACGGACAACACAGCUGACGUGACCAGAAACUCCACGUUGAUUGGCUGCUGGUGAAUGACAUCAUACCAUAGCGAUUGGUUACUGUCCCCGUAUAGGUCGGCGCCGGACCUUUCAACAUUGUUCCUGUCCUGAAAAGCGUAACCACGACCAGGUUCAGCCAUGGAUCUUGUGUUGAACGUGGCCGACUACUACGUCUUUACGCCGUACGUGUACCCGGCAUCGUGGGCCGAGGACGGCGCCCUGCGGCAGAUCCUCAGCCUGUUGGUGGUGACCAACCUCGGGGCGGCGGUCCUCUACUUGAGCCUUGGGUCCCUCAGCUACUACUUCAUCUUUGACCACGAUCUCAUGAAGCAUCCGCAAUUCUUAGAGAAUCAGGUUCAGCGGGAGAUCAAAUAUGCGUUGACCUCCCUCCCGUGGAUCAGCAUUCCCACCGUCGCCUUGUUCUUCGCAGAAGUUCGAGGGUACAGCAAAGUGUACGACAAUGUCCACGACUCUCCGUUGGGGUGGACUGGAUUCUUCUUGAGUAUGAUCUCCUUCCUGCUUUUCACCGACAUGUGCAUUUAUUGGAUACAUCGCUUCCUACAUCAUAAGCUAAUUUACAAGCUCUUUCACAAACCGCAUCACGUGUGGAAGAUCCCGACGCCGUUUGCCAGUCACGCCUUCCACCCCGUAGACGGCUUCAUGCAGGGGCUCCCAUACCACAUCUACCCGUUCCUUUUCCCGCUCCACAAGGUGCUCUACUUGGCCCUGUACGUCUUCGUCAACAUCUGGACGAUCUCCAUCCACGACGGCGACUACCGUGUGCCCGGUCUGAUGACGGCCUUCAUCAACGGCUCGGCGCACCACACCGACCACCACCUGUUCUUCGACUACAACUACGGCCAGUACUUCACGUUGUGGGACCGCCUGGGUGGCUCCUACCGCCACCCAUCAGCUCUGAUGGGCAAGGGUCCCCACGAAGUGAUCCGCAGGCUUCGGGCGGAGGGCAGGUUGGAUGGCACCAAAGCGAAUGGACAGAGAGAAGUCAUGUGCAAAGAAGAGCCGCAGCGCACGUCUAUGCACGUGAGCUUGAGGUUGACGCGGUGCUCCAGCUCUCGCCGGCUGUCACUCUUGUAGAAGCAAAGACUGCCGUCCACCCAGAGGUCACACCAGUUCAACUUCCAGCGCUUCAACACAGACGCUAAACGCGCAACAAACGCACUCGAUCAUCCCGAUAAUAAGCAACAACAAGUAACACUUGGUCUGUUAUCAUGAACACCUGAUGUACUCACUCUGUCUCCAUAGCCAGCCUGACCUCAUGAGCGCCAUGUUUGUCAAUUGCGGUCCAAAUACAGGCUAAAGAACUUGAAGAGGAUGGUUUUCUUUUGUUUUUAUUCAGUACAAUGCAAUGGACCGUGUUCCUGCGCAUUUAAUUUGCGUCUGAUAGAUUAUUCUUCCUCUGGUCACGGUUGAGUCACAGGAUAAUUCUGGAUUAGGCAAGUAUUUACUUGGACACACCCCUUUUCCUUCCUAUUUCACCUGGAUUUAUUUGCGCUCUGGACCGACACACAAUCUUGGAUUAAAUAUUCCGAUGAGGUUAUUUGUUUUGUGCGUCCCUUUUUCUUAUUUCAUUCAUCAUAUUCUGUUGUUGCAGGGGGUUCUAAACUGUGACAUAACCGCAUAAGGAUUAGCCCACUUCGAACCAUCUUAGUGAAGGCUAUUAGUCUUCCCAAGUAUAGUAUGUAAGGCUUCCUUGGCCAAAACAUUAGGUCAAAUAAAAUAUAUAUAUAGUCAGUUUUGAUCGACACUAUCAGAGAGGUAAGCAACAAAUAUGCAAAGUACAAUCGCAAUAAUUAACCAACAAAAUUAAAAAAUGGAUGCAUUGCUGUCAUUCAAAAGUCCUAUUGUAAUUAUCUGUUGACCACGGGUGAGCAAAUUUGUGCUCAAGGAGUUCAGAAGACUUUAAAACUAACAGGUGGGUCAAGUUAUACAAAGACAAGGAAAAAUAAAAUGUAAGAAGCUGUAAACCAUGUGUCUA